AUGACACGCCAAACGAGUGCUUCUCUCUCAUCUCUCUAUAUAAAAACCCCCCCAAUCUCACACCAGUUUUCCCCAACCGAUCUCCGCCCUUCCACCGCCUCCCGUCUCCCUUCUUCCAAUUCAUCUCUCCGCCGUCGUCCGGUGUCCCCAUCGACCGCCGCUGCCCUUGGAACCACCGUCUAUGUACCGGAUCUAUCAGUUUCUGCUGAAACCCUAAAAAUUCAAUUUGAUUUUGAUUCACACAACCCUUUUCUCCCCCUUCUCUCUCUAUUUACAAUUUUAGCCCUCACCCUAAGCGUAAUUACCGUUUUAGCCCUUCCCUGUUUCUCUAUGUUGUUUCGUGUAGUCGAUUUCUCCGACGACGAAUUCACCAGUCCACUGGAAAACAUUUUCUGCAUUUCCGAGAGGAAGUAG